AUGAUUUCCCCCGCCUCUUCUUUCGUGAACUCGUCCUUCGCUGUUGGCCACAAUGCGGUUAAAUCGAUACUCUUCCGAGUUGCCGGCAUGGCCGUUCAAAUUGGCGUUUUCAAACUCUUCUCUCUCCUGGCCUCUAUGCGAAGCGCAUUCACCGCGUACCUAAUGUUCACCGAGGACUACAUUCAGAGGCUUAUAUUCAUGUUUUCCCGCGGAUUUAGUCACCAAGCAGCACUUGUGCUUUUCCUGACAAUCUUCCUCCUUGGUGCUGGCUUGUAUGAUACUUUGCUAUGGGGCCUCGAUUCGCCCGGCUACAUUUCUCAAAAAAAGAAUGUGACCGCUACGUCAGUCCAGAGACAAAUGCUCAAGCGACCAGGGUAUAUGGUGUUUUCGUCCACCAAGCCUGGCGAGGUGGAUGGACUCAACCAGCACUUUUUAGAGCUCAUGAAUGGGAAUCUCUUUAACUCGAACUUGAAUUUUACCCUCACGGGCCAGGUUGACCUUGGAACGCCGGAACCUGUCCCCGCCACUCGAAAGUUCGAUCCUGCAAACGGCGUCGGACCACGGAUAUGGCUUGAUGAGGAAGGAUUCUCUGUAUCUCCAGAUACCUAUGCGACUUUUGCGGUGGUAAAUGAAGGAGGAACUUCGAAAUCCCAAGAUUGCCCUUGGAAAAAAGGUGAAAACGAGACUGCAGUGUGGGAAUGCUCAUUUCCCAAUACCUUUGCUUUCACUUUCAUGCAGGACUCGCUCAUCGGCCGACCGGAAAUUCAUUGGGACGACAUCUCGGACCGAAUGUUCUUGUCUGAAUAUCUUCGACCCCACCGCGAAGACAAUCCUUGGGCUGUGUUGGGUGUUGGAGGCGAUACUGCUUUCAUGAAGCAAAUGUUCACAGUUACAAAGGGCCGGAGAAAGCAUACAUUUCUCGGUGGAGCAAUGAAAAUUUCAUCAGUAUACGACUACAAUGCCCCAUUUGCGAGGGCUGAUGUGCAAGAUAUUGUGAAGCGAUCUUGGUCUACAGACCCCGCGCAGUUGAAUGAUCCAUUUAUCGUACAAAUCGCAGAAAAGAUUGAGAAUGCUCGAGCGAAAAAUAGCAGUUUCCAACUGGGCGCAGCAAGCAAAGUUGGUAAUUCUGUUACCCAAGUGAAUUUCGAAUAUUUGAACCCCGAGGGAACUCCGGGCAACGUUGUGUUUUCACUUUUCCGCGUCUCCGUGGUCAAUAUUACACUAAUUAGAUCAGAAACCCUCCCCGAGCCUGUGAAACCUUUCGAGCAAUGCAACAAGUAUUAUCAUAAUGAAGCAACGGGUGGAAAGGUAUACGGAACUAACUGCUAUCAACAAUCAACUUCGAACAAAACUGCACCUCGCUUUUUUGGCGAGUUGGACACAUCUGCUUUCCUCGUCGGUAGCGGUACUCUGGGCGAUGGCACCUCCAAUAUUAGUUCAAAGGCAUUCAACCAAAACUCUUUUGAAUGGCUGGUGAACAACGAGAACUGGCUAGAUAAUCUAUUGUUAUCCCGUGGAUACAUGAUGGCUAUCAACCCUGAUCUUGUUAAGCUAGAAAUCAGCAAAGUGCAACCAGCUAUGUCAUACCUUCAAGUCACGCUUGUGGUUCUUCCGGUCCUCCUGGCUGUGGUGGUUUGGCUGUUAUUGUGGUUCUUUGCAGCAUCGCACUACUCCAAUUCUCUUCUUGCCAAUCUCUACGCAACCACCAACGUUGGCGAUACAAACACAAGCGCCGAUCCUCAGUAUAUACGGAAAAUGCCGGAUAUUGAUCUUAUGAGAAAGGAUGGAAGGGUAAUGAUGGCAACUUCGACUGGUGUUUUCUCGCACGGCGGUUCAAGUAUUGGCGGAGAAACUGACGCGAGCAGCACCAACCAAAAGCCGGACGAUCCUAAAACUACAUAUCCCCCGAAUAAUAAUUCUUACUAUUAUGAAUCGCCGGCCCUAUUGCCUGGCUAA